AAGUAACCGAAUCCGAGUCUCCAGGCCAGAUUUUCCCUCCAGCCAUUCGCGGCCACGCAAAGCGGAGCUGGGAGCACACAGAAAGGGAUGUCUUCAUCGCCAGCCAGGAUGGAACAAACACGCCCGCUUGGGGAGUGCUGAGAACCAAAGGGUCGCCCCAACCCCAGCCACGGCCAACAUGACUUGACUCCCCCAUCCCUCCGGGUCCCUACUCUCCAGCCGCCCCCAUCGGUUCCGGGUGCGCGCGCGCGAGCCGGCGAGGCGAGCAGGGGAGGUGUGAGCCCGGCAGCUUGCGGGUGGUGGCGGCGGCCGACUGGCUCGCGGGGAGAAGGGUCACCAGGGGCGGCGGAGGGAGAAGCUGGCGCUACAGCCGGUUCCCUCCGGCCGCACCCCGCCUACCGCCGCUACCAGAGCGUCCCCUCCGGGCUCGUUAGCCCCGGGACUGUGCGGGCUUUUGGUGCCGCAGCGGUCGUAUCACUCGGCGUUUGGCUCCUUGGGGCGCGGGAUGAGCCGCGCGGCCGGUUCUGGCGAGCUGAGGGUGCGCCGGCGCGCGUCCCUCCCUGCCACGCUCCCCGCGACGUUUUUGGAGGAGGGUAGAGAACUGCUUUGACUUUUGAGGUCCGACUCCUCCUUCCGGCCAGCCUCCUGACGCGCGAGCUUGGAGAGAGGCCACUGUGACCGGCAGGCCCCGAAGACUCGCUGCGUGGUGUUGGGACUUGGAACGUGUCCGGGUGCCGGCGGCGCUGUGCGCGCUGGUGAGUUUGGAGGCGGGGUGGGGUGUCCCCUGGCGCGAGGGGCGGAGAGGACGUCGCGAUCUGCCCCUUCGUCCGCCCCUUAGUGCUGCUCCCACUUUGGAGAGUAAUUGAGACUUGAGCGUGACUGAGGAGACGCGAGGAUGCGGGCGCCGGGCGCGGGCUUUCCCUCUGCCCAGCGUUAUGGAGCGGGUCUGUGAGCGGAACAAAGGCGCUCGCCCGGGGGAGCUGGUCCUCGGCUGAAGAGCGCGGGCUGCACGCCGCGACGGCCGCCUGCGGGCCAGGUUGGUGGCUGUGCGGCCCGAGGCGCGGCGCGGUCCGCCGCGGGCGGACGGCGAGCCCUGAGCCGGGCACCUGCGCGCCGCUCCCGCCGCGGCUCCCGGGCAGCCCCGCCCGCCGGCCCCGGGGUUCCGCUGCGCUCUCAGCCCGGCUCCCGGCGGCCAGAGGUCUAGAGGCGAGCCGCUAGCGGCGGCAGAGGCGAGACCCGGCCUUUCGCCGAGAAGCCGAGGCUGCUGGAACGGAGCGCGCGCUGGGGACUGAACAGGCAUCUCGGGGAGCACUUCUGAAAACGGAGAUUUCCAUGUGAGAGAUUUCGCUCUUCCCCCAACCAAUCCAUCUUCCUGACCGUCUCCGCUGCCUGGGCGAGCCCGCUCGGUGGGGCCGGGAGUGGCCAAGUCUCCUCGCCGGCCGGCCGGAGUGUGAGGUUCGCACAGCCCCCCGCUGCCCCGCGCCUCGCAGGAGCCCGAGGGGGCGCGGGUCCGGGGCGAGGGCCGGCCGGGCGUGUUUGAUGGCUUCACUGAGAAGAGUUAAAGUGCUGCUGGUGUUGAACUUGAUUGCCGUGGCCGGCUUCGUGCUCUUCCUGGCCAAGUGCCGGCCCAUCGCCGUGCGCAGCGGAGACGCCUUCCACGAGAUCCGGCCGCGCGCCGAGGCGGCCAACCUCAGCGCGCACAGCGCCAGCCCCAUCCAGGAUGCGGUCCUGAAGCGCCUUUCGCUGCUCGAGGACAUCGUUUACCGGCAGCUGAAUGGUUUAUCCAAAUCCCUCGGGCUCAUUGAAGGUUAUGGUGGGCGGGGCAAAGGGGGCCUCCCGGCUACCCUUUCCCCAGCUGAAGAGGAAAAAGCCAAGGGACCCCAUGAGAAGUAUGGCUACAAUUCCUACCUCAGUGAAAAAAUUUCACUGGAUCGUUCCAUUCCGGAUUAUCGUCCCACCAAGUGCAAGGAGCUGAAAUACUCCAAGGACCUGCCCCAGAUAUCCAUUAUAUUUAUCUUUGUGAAUGAGGCCCUGUCCGUGAUCCUGCGGUCCGUCCACAGUGCUGUCAACCACACCCCCACACACCUGCUGAAGGAGAUCAUUCUGGUGGACGACAAUAGUGACGAAGAGGAGCUGAAGACCCCCUUGGAGGAGUAUGUCCACAAACGCUACCCCGGACUGGUGAAGGUAGUGCGCAACCAAAAGAGAGAGGGCCUGAUCCGGGCUCGCAUCGAGGGCUGGAAGGUGGCCACGGGCCAGGUCACUGGCUUCUUUGAUGCCCACGUGGAAUUCACUGCUGGCUGGGCUGAGCCAGUUCUGUCCCGAAUCCAGGAAAACCGGAAGCGCGUGAUCCUGCCUUCCAUCGACAAUAUCAAACAGGACAACUUCGAGGUGCAGCGCUACGAGAACUCAGCCCACGGGUACAGCUGGGAGCUGUGGUGCAUGUACAUCAGCCCCCCGAAAGACUGGUGGGAUGCCGGAGACCCUUCUCUCCCUAUCAGGACGCCCGCCAUGAUCGGCUGCUCAUUUGUGGUCAACAGGAAGUUCUUUGGUGAAAUCGGUCUUCUGGACCCUGGGAUGGAUGUGUAUGGAGGAGAAAAUAUAGAACUUGGAAUCAAGGUCUGGCUCUGCGGGGGCAGCAUGGAGGUCUUGCCUUGCUCGCGGGUGGCCCACAUCGAGCGGAAGAAGAAGCCGUACAACAGCAACAUCGGCUUCUACACCAAGAGGAACGCUCUCCGGGUUGCCGAGGUUUGGAUGGACGAUUACAAGUCCCACGUGUACAUAGCAUGGAACCUGCCGCUUGAGAAUCCGGGGAUUGACAUAGGUGAUGUCUCCGAAAGAAGAGCCUUAAGGAAAAGUUUAAAGUGUAAGAAUUUUCAGUGGUACCUGGACCACGUAUACCCAGAAAUGAGAAGAUACAAUAAUACUGUUGCAUAUGGGGAGCUUCGAAACAACAAGGCAAAAGAUGUCUGCUUGGACCAGGGGCCGCUGGAGAACCACACAGCCAUAUUGUACCCGUGCCAUGGCUGGGGACCGCAGCUCGCCCGCUUCACCAAGGAAGGCUUCCUGCACCUGGGAGCCCUGGGCACCACCACCCUCCUCCCCGACACCCGCUGCCUGGUGGACAACGCGAAGAGCCGGCUCCCCCAGCUUCUCGACUGUGACAAGGUCAAGAGCAGCCUGUACAAACGCUGGAACUUCAUCCAGAAUGGAGCCAUCAUGAACAAGGGCACGGGGCGCUGCCUGGAGGUGGAGAACCGCGGCCUGGCUGGCAUCGACCUCAUCCUCCGCAGCUGCACGGGACAGAGGUGGACGAUUAAGAACUCCAUCAAGUAGUAGGAAGGAACUGGGGGCCCAGAGCCUGGCCCCCAGGACGGGGUCUGUCUGUCCUCCGGAGCAGCCACACGAUGGGGGGACAGCAAGGGGCAACCAGGUGCUGGCUCGGUGGGCCUUGGGGGCUUCUCCAGGGCAGCUCGGGGCCCCAGAUGGAGACUUGAUGUCCCCAUCAGGCUCCAAGUGGCCCUCGAGGUGCCUGCACCCGGGAAAAGCCCCCCGAGCCCUUCUCUGGGAAACCAGGAGCUGGGUGUUCUGCAGCCCGGCUGUGGACCUGGCACAAAGGAGUGAAAUCGUCCACAUCUCCUCCUUGUCAUCUUCCCACCCCAGUGUCAGAAUCUGGGACUGGAAGGGCCCCCUCCUCUUUCCCAUCUUUUGUAACAGCAACAGCUUCUGCACCCAACCCCAGCCCUAAACAAAUGGGAAGGGAGGACUCCAGCUACUUCCUCAACCCCCUACCCCUUCACCCCUGCUCAGAGGAGGCAACGAGGCCCUGGUCCUCAGUUUCCUCCGAGAGGCUGCUUUUGCCCGGACGCCCAUCCACAACCCCAAGGCAGCCACCGCCCCCAAACCUUUCCAUCAGGGCAGCUUUGGUGGCUACAGCUCUGGGUUUUUCUAGAUCCUUCCUCUUCUGGUCACCUGGGCACUAGGCUCCUUGUGCCUGGGUUGGCUCUCCUGCCUGUGUCAAGAAGGAGCCAGAGACGGAGAGGCUGAGCAAGUGGUCUAAGCUGGGAGGUGCCCAGGGUUGGGUCCGGGCUGGUGCUAGCCCUGCCUGCCCGGGCACCAGGGAGCCUUGACUUGCCGUGACUGUGAUGGGAGAGCAGCGAGAGGCCUCUGCCUGGAGCCCCGGGGCCGACGCCAGCACAGCAAACGGGACGGGGAACCCAGAAGAUGCUCCGUGUCCAUCUCAUUUUGCACCAACUCUGCUGGCUGACGGGAGAAGGCAGUCGUUUCCUCUCUUAAGAGUAAUAAUUUUUUUCCGAUUGCCCUCUGGUUAGGGUGCACUUAUAAAUCAGAGUUAAUAUAUGGCCGUGUGUGCAUGCACUGGCGUGUGUGUGCCUGCGUGACGUGUGUGGCAGGGUGUGUGUGGCUGUGUGUGUGUGUGUGUGCAUGCACGUGUGUGUGAGUCUGAGCGUGUGCAUCCGAGUGUGUGUAGAGCAGACCUAGAUGCGUUGCCUUGGGCUUGCCGCUUCAUUGCUCGCCUCGAUCCGGUCAAGGCUGCUGAGAAGCCCGGUGGGGCUGGCAACGUGUCACAAGCAUCACAGGCCAACCCGCAGGCCUGGAGGCCUUGGGUCAGCCUUGCCCCGUGCGGUACCCCAGACGGGAAGGCUGUCUCUUCUGCCAGUGACCAUCUAUCUCCCUUCCUCAUGCCGUCCCUGGAACCCAGCCCUGUAGUUGUCCAGUUUGGGGUACACAGUGUCUCAUCCGGUGGCCUCUGAUUGAUGAUCAUCCUCCUUCCCCAUCACCCACCUUGUGAAAUAAACACAUGUUAGCACUUCCCAA